AUGUACCGAUCCGCGAGGCCGCUGCUCGGCCUCGGCAGCGCCGCCAUGCGCCCCCAGCAGCCAUUCACCAGAGUUCUCCCCGCGGCCAAGAGGAUAGCAGCGGCGCCUGCCAUGACCGUGACGGCGACAAGGGGCUACGCCAAAUUCGCGGCGGAUAUGCGGAUGAGUUCGCGCCAGAACAAGGUAGCUUCACAGGCUGAUGGAGGGUACUCUGCCAAGGAGAUUGAAAAGUCCAUGACCAUGGCACACAUUUUGCUCCCAGGAACCUUUGUCCCCAUCCCCUUCUCCCAACUCGAUAAGUCCCCCAAGGCCCUCUGGGCAUACACCUACGCCCGCCUCAAACAACGCGUCUACGACUUCCUCCCCAUAUUCGGCGCAAAGGUCGCCUCCAUGCCGACCUACGUCAAGAAGCCGCGCCUCCAGCUCAGCUACACCAAGAUCGUCCCCGAAGCCAAGGCCCUCCACCGCCGCCUGGGCGAGGCCCUGGCCGCGGGCGACAAGGACACCCUCCGCGAGAUCUGCACCCCGGCCCUCUACCAGACCCUGUCGGCCGUCGUCUCGCGCCGCAAGGCGACGGAGAAGCUGACGUGGGAGCUGCUCCGGUACGACGGCACGCCGCGCAUCGUGAGCCACAAGGUCGCCAUGAUCCCGCCAAUGGGCAAAGGGCCGAUUAUGCAGCAGGUCGUCGUCGCCAUCUCGAGCUCGCAGAAGCUGGACAAGUUUGACAAGUCGACGAAUAAGCCCGUCAAGGGCGGGCUGCGGGUGCAGCAGCAGACCGAGUACUUUGUCAUGACCAGGCAGUUCGCCCCCAAGACGUGGGCGCCCAAGAAGUGGAUCGUUUGGGGCAACACGCAGGCCACGACGCUUGAGGAAUGGAAGUUGACGCAGCAGAGCAUGGCGGAUAUGGAGAGGAAGGACUACGCCAAGAGAAAGGGAAGUCGUCUGUGA